AGUUUAUCUAAAUAAGUUAACUUCCUUUGUCGAGAAUGCAAUAACAUGAUGUUUACAAAUAAUACUGGUCUAAUUUGCAUUAAAUGAUUAUAGGUCAACUGCACACGAUUGCUUGAAAAGCAGAAAUAAUGUGCCAGCUUUGGCUCGAAUUAUUUUGAUAUUAUAAAACGCUAAGUUAAAUAUCCCCUAUACAUCGAUCGAAUCUCAUAUCAAUAACAUUCGUUUAAACGUGAAAGUGUUAUCACAGGUUGGAGCCCGGCAACUAUUAUAAGCCAACAAAGGGUGCCUUAAACUCAAAGGUGAAAGCUACAACGUUUCAAAGAGGAUAAUGUUGAUUUAACUUGGAUAUUUCACAUAUUGAUGGAAAGGAUGAGGGGUGAUAGACCAAAAAGAUCUAAAUCUCCAAUUUCAAGGAAAAAUCAACGUAAAAAUGUUCCUGCAAGAAGACCUGAUCCUGGUACAGAAGAUUUUAUACGAUUCGUGCGCGAUUUUCAAGUAAAUCGUCAACCAACUUUCACUGGAAUUCAACGAAGGGCUCCGCUUCCUGAAAUUGGACAACCUUUGAACAACGUUGGGCUAAAUGAUUCUGGAUUUUUAGAUAGACUUAAUGAUGAAUACGACGAUUCUGGUUUAGAAGAUGAAAUUCUUUAUUCAAAUAAAGUGUCUGUCCCAAGAAAUGAUCGAAUAGUUAAGGAAGUUUUAACUAUAACACGGCAACAAACUAGAGACAAUUUAUAUUCAACUUGUAAAUCUAAGAUAAACAAUGAUAGUUUUAUACUUUCUAGACAAAGAAGUAAUUUACAGAGAACCUGGUCAUUGCCUCAAUCGAAACAACACAAAUGUGCUAGAUCUAUGAAAAACAGACAGUCUUUAAAACAGUUACCUCCCCUUUUCAACGACGAAUUCCCAGCUAGACCGACCGCGCCAUCACCAUCAGUGACACCACCGCUGGAUUAUUCCGACGGAAGUGAGGAUCAGGUGGAGUUCCUUGAUCUCUCUUGAAAUCUCGUAGUUCUUAAGUGCCAGGUCUAGUCAGUUAAAAAAAUGAUAAUUUAGUGUAGACACAUAGAGUUGGAUAUUUAGAAACAGGAGCAUGAUAUUUUUUAAAACAUGUAUCAUUAUGUAACUAAGUUUUUAUAUUUUUCUUAAUAUGUACGCAACAGUAUGGAAAGUUACAUGGAGUGCCAUUGUACAUUUAUUGUAAAAAUGUUGUCGGUGUAAAAGAUAGCUUUAAAAAAUAUGUUGAAUCUCAGAGGUAACAUAGGCUUAGUAAAGGAUUUUCCUUUCUGAAAUAUUUGAUGACAACAUAUCCGAAAAGGAAGUACAUUUUAACAUCGAAUGGAAAAUAUUAUGAUGUUUAUGGAGGAACAUUAUUCUCUAGCCUUUUCGUAUGAAAGAAUGGGGAAAAAUACGCGAUUUUGAAAAUAUUUUGUAAAGGUUGAUUAUAAGUUUUUAUUCAUUACUUCAUUAAAAUUUCGGAGGGUGUACGAAAUGACACAAACGAACAGCAGAACGAACAUCCUUUGGAAACGUAAUUUAUGCAUAACAGGUGCAUGCAAUUUCUGUCAGAUUUGUUUAACGUGUACUUAGAGUAUGAUACUCAACUGUAUGCACAUGAAACUUGGAAUAUAUAUGUAUAUGAAUGUAUUUAUGGACAUCAAAGUACGCUACAAAUAAUGCCUUGUCUUAUUCGUUGUUCUCAGGGAGUGAUAUUUUGUUGUUAAUUUUCAUAAUGAUCUUGUA